AGCACUUGGCGAGCAUCUGGCUGGAGUCAGCUGGGCCCUGCCGGCCCUCCCUCCCGCGCUGCUAACCAGGAGCAGCUGAGGAUACAGGAUACAGAUAACUCAGCGCGGGACCCCUGCGGAGGGGAGUGGAGUACUGUCAGCUGCCCAAACUGCCAGCAGCAGGAGCCAGGAGUAGACAACACAACUCAUCACGAAACCCCUCUUCCGUCAGCUGGUCACCAUGGACAUAACCUACCUGCGCACAUCCCUGACCUUCCUUUUUCUCCCUCUUGUUGUGUUUGGGGCACCCGCUGAUGAACCCAACCUCACAGAACCGGGCCCUGGUGCUUGCAAGCGCUGUUGUGACCCACUGGACUCUUCCACAGAUACCCCACCAGUCCCUCCCAGCCACCACCACUUUCCCUACCCAGUGCCAGAGGUCCGUCCCUAUAUCAACAUCACCAUUCUGAAGGGAGAGAAAGGAGACCGGGGAGAGCCUGGGAUGCCCGGGAAAUGGGGCAAAGAAGGACCACGAGGCGAGCGGGGUGCCCAGGGCCAGAAAGGCAGUAAAGGACAGAUGGGCACAGCGGGAGACCCCUGCAAGCAUCAGUACGCUGCAUUCUCCGUCGGUCGCAAGAAAGCGCUGCACAGCAGCGAGGGCUUCCAGGUCUUGAUCUUUGACACUGUCUUCGUCAACCUCUACAGCCACUUUGACAUGUUCAAUGGCAAGUUCUACUGCUCAGUGGGUGGACUUUACUAUUUCAGCCUCAAUGUCCACACCUGGAACUUCAAGGAGACCUACAUGCACAUCAUGCACAAUGAAGAAGAGGCGGUCAUCCUGUAUGCCCAACCCAGCGACCGCAGCAUCAUGCAGAGCCAGAGCCUCAUGCUGGAGCUCCAGGAAAAUGAUGAGAUCUGGGUGAGGCUCUACAAGCGGGAGCGGGAGAAUGCCAUUUACAGUGAUGAUGUUGAUGUGUACAUCACCUUCAGCGGCUACUUGGUCAAGCCCAGCAUUGAAUAACUCCUCUUCCUUAGGGCCUCUUAGGCCUUUUCCUUUUUCCCCUCUCUCUCUCUCUCUCUCUCUCUCUCUCUCUCUCACUCUCUCUCUCUCUCUCUUUACUGCCCGUAACCACUGCAAAUCACCUGGAAAUGGGCCUGUCAAAUCUCAGGCAGUGAGUGUGAAACUUGCCACACUGGCCCCCACCUCACGCUCUCUUGUAGCCAGACCUGUAUCUGUCCACUUUACAUCAUGGCACUACCACCUCUUGACCCUCACCUCAUAACCCCAGCUUAGGUUAUUGGCUUCUUCUCAAUCUGCCAGCAAGCUGCCUCUGGCAUUAGGGUUCUAGAGCAAGAGGAAAGCUAAAAUGCUGCUCCUGGGCCUGUGUCCUUCCUUGGGGCUUCAUACACAAAGGACUCCUGCGGACAGGGCUAUAAAGUCCCCACUGCUAAGGUACAUCCUGGCUCCUCUCCAUCCCAACUAGACAUACCAGUUUUGCAGCCUGAAACAAGGUGUUAAUGUCACCUCUGAUAUCUGUAGUAUGGAGAGCAGACUGGGGUCUGAUGGCUUCCUGUAGCACAAGGAAGAUGUAGGAGCACUGGGAGAGGAUAUUGCCUUUCCAAAAAGAGAACUGUUGGCCUUCUAAACUGGCUUUCCAUAGACACUCUUCUGUGUCACAGAGUCCAGACUGGCCACCAAACCUAGACCUGGUGGGAUUGUCCUCUGUGCCAACUCUAGCUCUUCAAACGGAUGAAGGGUCAGACACCUGGCCAGACCCUUCAUGGGCCUCUGCCCAUGAUUCAGUAGAGGCGACCAUUCUGUUCCCACUAGGGAUCACCAGUACAGAAUGAGAGACAGAGAGGGAAGACCUUGAAAACCCCCUCCCACACUCCCCUGGGGUGCUACUCAGUCUUGGCUCGUCAGCUAUGGGAAGCUAGUCCAAGAGAGUGAACCGGAAUCUGCUCUCCUAUGGCAGAGGUGCCAUUUCAUUGUUCUCCUGAAGGUGGUUCUCCCACGCUGGUAUUGAAGGACCACUAUUUCAGGGCCUGAGCUCAAGGCUGCAGGGGAAUUGCAGUUAAAUCAAUUCCAAACGUGGACAGGCUGCCACUUCUUUACCUCUGUGAUGGAACAGAGAUAGAGGUGAGACAACAGCACCUUGCCCAAGGGUUAAAAGCUUCCCUGCCAUAUACUCCAUGCCCUUUUCUGGCAAUCUCAUCAGAGUAACUGAGAAAAGCAUGUGGCUAAAACAAACCCUCGCUCUUUUUGUCAAGUUGGACAUGUCGCAGUGAGGAAGGAAUGCCAGUGGUAGGGUUUUCUAGUACUAUUUAUAUUGGUCUCACACUGCUCCCAUUUGCAUCCCUCUGGAGGGGAUGCUGCAGUCCUGGGGGAACAGGUGAGGCUGGCUCAGGAUUUUAGGAAACCAACUUCCACAUGUCAUGAUGCUCCCUCCCAUAAACCUCAGUGCCAGAACUUGUCUCCUUUUUGAGUCUCAGGGCAGGACAAGCAGGAGAAACACAGGUAUUUCUCCUCUGCUCAUCACUGGUCAAGAAAUCUUCGGACUUAUCCAGGUUCUGCUGUCUCAUUGAUGAGCCACGGUCUCUGCCUAUAGCACCUGGGAGUACCAGGGCUUUCCCAGAAGAAAUGUGCAUAAUUAUACAAGAUUAUGUCUGGUACACACAGCCCAGGAUAGCAAAGGAACAGGGACAAAGGCUAAAUAUUAAAACUGACCUUGAAAAAAUUGCAGGGCAUUUUCUCUCUUAUCCUGCUUACUUACCCUCCAUGCUUUCCCAAAGAAGCUGUAAAGACUACAGUGAGUUCCAGGAGCUUUGUCUGGAUCCUCCCCACCACUGUCAAUGAGGCAAUGGGUAUAAAAACAAGGUUUCACUAAGGCAAGACUGAUUUUUUCACCAGGAAAUGUGAUGAAGGGAUCAUAGAAACUAAAGGAGACUGUGGGUUUCUUCCUACCCCUUAGCAGGUCAAGUCAAAGGGGAGGUCAAUUCCUCCCCUUUGGAAUUGUUCAAAGACAGGAUUUCAGACAGCAGAGGAAGCAGAAAGCUGGAAGCAAUGCUUGGGACCGAAUCCCUUUCUCUCUUCCUCAAAAGGCUACAAACCCAAAUAUAGUCAAUUUAUAGUGUAUAGUGCCCCAUGCCUCCCUGAAGAGAAGCAAGCCUCUCUAACACUGAAUAUCUCCAUAAACAAGCUUCCUUCUUUCUCCUUUCCUAUUUGGUGAUUGAAUGCUGGUGACAGGUCUCCUGUGCUAUCCAUGAGCAGCCAGAGGGUGCCUGAUGCACAUGAGAGAGGAGGGCAGGGGAACCAAAGGGUGUGUUUAACAGGUUUCUGGUGCUAAACAAGAUGGCAUUCCCUUGGUGCUAAAUCAGAUUUCAGGAGUAUUGGGUGCUUUCUGGAAAGUGUAGUAGGCUGAGUUGUGAUGUACUCUGGAAUUAAUGGUGCUUUAUGUAACAAAACCAAACAAACUCCAAGAACUUUUGUAUAUAUAUAUUUUUUCAGUGGUAUUAAACUUUUUUCCUUGGUUGUUUUGCA